CCGUCACUCAGGGCCGAGUUGUAUUACAAGGUGUGUGUUUCCCCGAGUUUGUGGGAACACAGACAUGACAGGUAUGAGGAGUGAAGACAAUGCUGGCGGGCGCUCGGUGGAAGACAAUCAAACAGACAGUGCAGCCGUCGAGAUGACGGAGUCGCGGGUCGAGGAAGAGGCGGCGGGGAAGUUGCGCAGAAUGGACCUCAACUACAUGCACCGACCACCAAGGAUCGUCCCAAACUACGGCAAGAAGACCAUGAGCGUGCUGCCCAAGUCCAGCGUGUCCCGUGUCCUGCUGUACGACAACGUCACUCAGCAACAGAUGCUGGACGUCAAGCUGUCUCACAUCAAGACUGAGCAACAGAAAACAAGCCGUCUGCUCGAUCUGCACCGGAAGUCAUUUCUCAUCAGACGUUUGAUGAAGCAGCAGCAUGCGCAGGACCACAAGACAACGACACCUGGUGUUCUUGAGUAUCUGUUACCGAUCCUAUUAGCAGGGGAAGAUAACCCUGGAAGAGACAGUAGCUCACCCAGACACCCUAAGUUUGUCCACAGCAGUGCUGGAGAAUACAUGUACCGAGACGAGGAUGUGAAGCUCCCUGACAUAGCGGUCAGAAGGAGUGGACGAGUGACAUUCAAGGGCAACGAUGGUGGAGUCACACGCAUCAUGCACACCAUGAGUACAAGUGGGGAACAGAACAGUGGUCAGAUGUGGGCUAAGCGAAGGACAGUUCUAGACAAGCGCUUCAAGGGUCUAGAGAGUCUCCUGGUCCGACUGGACGAUCCUGGUAAUGGUUAUAUCGAACUGAGCCCCAGCUAUCACAGGGAUACUAGUCAGGCUGCUCCUGUCAGCAUGUCACCUCUCAGAACCACCCUACAGACAGGUAGUGCACACACAGCCGAGGGCUGACGCUCUGCAACAAUGUGCCCAAGUGCCAACUCGGUGACAUAGGACGUUUAAAUCGCCUGUGAUUGAAUCUUACCUUCAAAGUUUCCCUACAUAUAUGGUAUAAACUAUAUGAAAUAACACCCACAUUACAAUACAUUAGCCUACAACGAUAGAACGGUUGCGGGGGCAACUGUCCGAGGACCUGACCACUGUGACAGCACCCCGGCCUGUGUGAUACCUGUGUGAAGCGCUAAUAAAAUCCCCCAGUAUCGUUGCCGUCACAAAGUAGCAGGAAAAUGAAAUAUGUGGCUGUUGGAAAGGGCGGAACAUUCCGAUCAGCAGCAAACGCUGUAAACAAACAUCCACAUUGUGCAAGAGAAACAUCGUAAACACUUUGCUGAACCUAUUGUGUAUCUCCAUUCUUGUGUGUUAUUGUACUUCUUACUGAGUGAAGUGUCAUUAGAUGA